GGACUAGCCCAAGGCCCGAUCUCUGACGUAUAAUUCAGGCGCUCGGUAUCGGUAAUUUCUCGGGUCAGGUCGGAGGGUUUCUGGAGGACGGUUAAUCAUGGCCCUGAGGGUGAUCCAGCUGGUCAUCCCGUCGGGAGCAGCCGCUUUCAAAGCGGUGAAUGCCGUACAGAAGGCAGGUGUUCACACAAGCUCAGUGAGAAGCCUACGGUAUGGGUGGUGGGCCUACGCACUGGGCGAAAGGACGACACCACGGUUAAAGCAGUACAGCAAAAUCAUCUCUGUGGAUGGCAACUUGGCCUCAGGGAAAGGAGCACUGGCCCAGAAGCUGGCUGACAAGCUGGGGAUGCUCUACAUGCCUGAGCCUGACACUUUCUACUUGGACAAGAUGACAGGAGAGAAGGAGCCACUCUCUGUCGACUUCAAUGGGAUGUGCAGCCUGGAGAAGUUCUACACAGACCCCAAAGCCGCUGACGGAAACAGCUACAGGCUGCAGCUGUGGAUGUACACCAUGAGGCUGCUUCAGUACGCCGACGCCAUCGAACACCUGCUCACCACAGGCCAAGGAGUGAUCCUGGAGCGUUCCCCCUUCAGUGACCUUGUCUUCAUGGAGGCCAUGUUCAAACAGGGCUACAUCAGGAAGGAGUGUGUGCAGCACUACAAUGAGAUCAAGGGCAAUAGCAUUUGUGAGUUCCUGCCUCCACACCUCGUCAUCUACGUAGACCUGCCGGCUGAGGAGGUGCAGAAGAAGCUGAAAGAGAGUGGCAAGUCCUAUCUUCAGAAUGUGCCCCUGACGUAUUUGAAGAGCAUUGAGGAUGGCUACAAGAAGUCUUUUCUGCCCAAAAUCAGCGAAACGUCCGAAAUGCUCGCUUACGAUGCAACCCAAGCCCAGGACGUUGAAAGGGUGGCAGAGGACAUUGAGUAUUUGAAGUUUGAAAAAGGACCGUGGGUGGAGCAGGAUGACGUCACCUACCACCACAUGAGGAUGCUCGUGGAAGACAAACAGCAGGUGGCAACCCUGACACACAUACCGAGGUUCCUGCCAGAGAUAACCAUUGGGGCCCAUGACUAUGAUGAAAAAUACUAUGCCUAUAAAUCGCUCCCUGGGAAAAGGUAUGCCCCUGGUUAUAAUGCGGACGUUGGAGACAAAUACAUCUGGCUGAAGUGAAUGAGUUCACAGGCCCGUCACAAUUUCACACCUUGUCACUGGCUGAUCAGCUCCGUGGGUGAGCCGCACCACUCGUCCAUUAUUGCUCCAGUUGUCCUCUGUUGUACAUCCUAAGUAAUAUGUAUGUAUUAAAAUUAUAAAUUUGGAAUCUA